CGACACUGAGGAUAACGUCAUAUGUGUGAUCUCACACAGUGCCAGUGACACUUAUGUUGGUGUUGCGGAUAUUAUUCGUUUGCGCAUUUGCACUUCGCGCAGUUGCCUCUGGCGCACCGUGUGAACGAAUUCCGCAUUAUGAUCAUCCAUACAACCGGCCAGAGUUUAACCCACGUGAGGAAUACGCAAAAUGGAUCAGGGAAGAGCAACAAUCAACGCGUUUUGAUGGCACCUUGUUCAUGUCAUUCAGCAUUUUUCAGGAUGUCCAAAUAACGCACUUCAAAUCUUACAGUCCUGUAAACGGUACUGUAUUCAUGUUGUGCGAUUACCAAGCUGCCGAGUAUUUUGAAUGCUGUGACUUGCGUACAAGUCGACAUUCUACCACAUGUGACCGUGUGCUCUUUUACGACAUGGUGCGAAGCACCAGUAAUCGCAAACUGCUGCGGUAUGAAGUGCGCACCGAACUAUCCACACAGAAGUUAGAGGGAACCGGUGCCGUGGUUAAUGUGUAUUUCCAGACUCCGAAUGGACCGAAGUAUUUUACAACCACUUUCUCCCAACUAGCAACGUUCGUACCAUGCCCUGAGAUAGUUUCGCUGUUGUGGUUUGAUACGUAUACUAAACGCAUAAUUACGCAUCAGAUUCCAGAAAGCCAUACCCUAGAUUUCGAUGACUUUCACGAAAAAACGUUUUACAAAUCGGACCAGGAGGUAUGGUACUUCCAGCUGACCGGGUGGAUGGCACACGAACAUGUCUUAAAAGUAAUUGCCUUUCACACGCAACCAAACUCGAUGGAAUACGAUGUGCAUCCAGGGGAAGUGGGUGCAUAUAGAUUCACCAAAACAAAUUUCAGGGAUUAUUCUCCGAAAUGGUCUACACUAAUCGGAAACUUGAGAACCGAUUUUUCGAUGCAAACAGUACUCUAGUCGUGCCCUUUCCGGUGGACGCCGUUCUGUUUGUUAUAACUGACGCGGAACUUCAUCGGCAGUUCGGGAGCGAUGCAUUGACUCCAAUCAUUGACGCUGCACGGGUGGAUUUUCGGUAUCCAUCAUGGCGUACUCCUGCAAUGCGGUUAUUAAAUAUUAAAUCGACUCGCAAAGCCGUGUAUCGAGUUGGGGAAAUUUCAGUUCCGAACUGUGUAUAUGCGGACGUGUCGCAAUUUAGAAAGGUGUGAAAAACAGCUGCGAUUGGCGGAUACAUCUUCGGAGCAAGAUCGAAUGAAGUGCAACUGGCAAUGUGGUGCGAUGGAACUCAUUAAUCUGGAGCUGCACGAUACCGGCAUUUACAAUUGCAAAGCGCAAAGUGGCGCUGUUUCACAGCUCCUAGAUUACCACCUAACUGUCCUUCCACAUGAAGAUAACAUCACGGUGUUCCUCAGCGAGCAACACUGGCAACGCGACGGACUGAAUGUGCCUGGGUAUCCACAUAAGGAUGUGUUGAAUAGGACUUAUCUCCAAGAUAGCGUGUAUAUCAACUGCCGGAUUGUGCUACCCAUAGGAAAUGAUAAUUACUCUAGUAUUCACUUUGAGUACAUACUCAUCAACAUGGAGGCGCACCUUCCAUAUCAACGUGUGGACACAUGGUAUUCGCUUCAAGGUCGGAAUAACAUCACGUAUCACAUAUAUCGAAUAGAAAAGCACGACACCGCCGGCGUUGUGAACAAAUUUAAACUCCAAUGCUCAUUUCAAUACGAACCAACGUUCCGGCUAACCCGCGAACAUCCAAAACUACCAAAGGAGCAGAAGACCGUGUCUAACUACGUGACUGCAUACACCAGCCUCCAUGUGGAGCCGAAAAUUGUUGCCUCCACUAUUCGCACGUCCCACGAAAAUGUGACCGACGCUCUAAACAAAACGGAGGCGGUGUUUCCGAAUGUUGCACCGUUCCGUUUGUUGCGAUGCACUAUGAGCGAAGAGUGCUUUCAGGCAGUUUUGUUGAUAUGCUCUACGCAGAUGCGUUCCGGGUCUCUGUGUGGGUCGUCGACAGGACGAAUAAGUCAAUAUUAUCUCACAGAUAUUGUAUAGUGAAUCAUAAACCAGAGAGUGGAGCGAAUUUGAACUUGAUCGAUUCAUCAGUGGCUAUCCGCUCGGAGGCGAUGACGGCUAGUUAGGUCGAGUGCAAUUGCAGUAUUCGACUGACAACGCUCCUAGACUCCAUUUUCAACCACGAUCUUAUUUCUUAACAUAAUAGAGUUUUGCAAAAUAAAUAUGUUUGCUGCGA